GGGGCGGAGCGCUGCCGGCCCGGCCAUGGCGGCGUACGCGCGGCUCGGCGCUGCCAAGGUGCCGCUGCUGGGGCUCGGCACAUGGAAGUCCCCCCCAGGUAAGGUGGAAGCUGCAGUGAUGGCUGCUAUCGAUGCCGGGUAUCGCCACUUUGACUGUGCCUACGUAUACCAGAAUGAGAAGGAAAUUGGGCAUGGGAUCCACCAGAAGAUCAAGGAGGGUGUUGUGAAACGAGAGGACCUCUUCAUCGUCAGUAAGCUGUGGUGCACGUUUCAUGAGAAGCCUCUGGUGAAGGGAGCCUGCCAGAAGACUCUUGCUGACCUGAAACUGGAUUACCUGGAUCUCUACCUCAUCCACUGGCCUUUUGGGUUCAAGGUAGAAGAGGGGCUGUUUCCCACAGGCAUGGCUAUCCCCAGCAACACUGAUAUUCUACAGACAUGGGAGGCCAUGGAAGAACUGGUGGAUGCUGGUCUGGUAAAAGCCAUUGGAAUAUCCAACUUUAACCGUGAGCAGACGGAAAGAAUCUUGAACAAACCAGGACUGAGGUACAAGCCUGCAAAUAACCAGAUUGAGUGUCAUCCAUACCUUUCCCAGGAAAAGCUGAUCAACUAUUGCCAAUCCAAAGGGAUCACUGUGACAGCAUACUGUCCCCUUGGCCGUCCUGAUGGUUCUAAGCCAGAGGCACCUUCCCUUCUGGAUGAUCCCAUAAUCAAAGAGAUUGCAGCCAAGCACAACAAAACCCCAGCACAGGUUCUCCUUCGCUUCCAGAUCCAGAGAAAUGUGAUUGUGGUUCCCAAGUCUGUCACACCACAGCGCAUUGUGGAGAACUCCAAGGUGUUUGACUUCGAAUUGACUAAAGAGGAGAUGGCAACCCUCCUCAGCUUAAACAGAAACUGGAGGAUCUGUGAAAUGAUCACGUGCAAAAAUCUCAAGGAGUACCCUUUCAAUGCAGAAUACUGAAGGUGGUUUUAUCCUGCCCUCUUGGAGGCCUCUGGAGUAUAAUGAGCUUCUACCAUUCCCUGAAGUUGCCCACUAGCUGCACACUGUCUCUCUCCUGCCAGCAAAGGCACAGUAUAUGUAUUCAAUGACUUUGGGUUUUUCUUCUUUGGUGGAACAAAAUAGUGAAACUGUUCUGAAGAACAAAAUAUGGGCUACAAUAAUUCUCUGCUCAUUAGAUGAGUGUCUCUGCAUGGCUGAAAUAGUAAAGCAGAAAACAGAAUAACCUAGCAACUGAUUUUGUCUUCUGUCUUGCAUCAACACCACUUAAGGCUGCAGGGUUAAAGAUAUGUGAACACAGAAGAAAGAUCCAUCCUGAAAGAAUGAUCAUACAUAAUCACUGCCUGAAGAUAAAAGACAACAAUUAAUUUUACUUCUAGAGCAGAGUCCAAAGCUUUCUGUGAAAGAAGAAUAAAUGGGAGAAGUGUCCAGACCUACAGAUGCAUACCAAUUCAUACUGGGCUUUAAUUCAGUUGUAAUUUUUUACAGGCUGAAACUGGACGGAGAUUAGUGUUCAAUUUCAUUCUUAACCAAAAUAAAAAUAUUUAGAUUA